AUGCGCUCGCAGAUUGCAUGUACCAGAUGUCGCCGAAGCAAGACCAAGUGCGAAAACACCGGUCAGGGCACGACGUGCAAGGCUUGCGCGAAUACCAACCGCGACUGUACCUGGGACCACGCGGCUGUCGCAAGCAGCACCGGAUCUGUGCGCCGCGACAGCACGGCCGAUUUUGAUGCCCCGCCCAAGAAGCGACGCAAGUUGCUAGCACCAACAUCGACGACAGCGCAACGCUCGGUAGAAGGCUUGGGCUCGCCUGAAGAUGCUCUUCAAUCACCAUUGCUUACUUCCCAGGUCUGGGAAGAGUUGUUUGACAUCUAUGAGAAGCAUUUCUCUACCGACUUCCCCUUCUUGCAUAAGCGAACUUUCCUCAGCUCUGUGCGGCCGCCGCCUUCAUCUGGCAGCUCAUCUGAAAUUAAGACUCCGACUCAAGCUCCAACGCCGCGCGUGUAUGCGCCUUUGCUCUUAGCCUUCCUUACCCAGACUGCUCGUUUCCAUGACAAGCUCGUAGCGCAAAUGGGUAAUGACCCGAUCAGGGUUGCCGAAUUCUACGCAUCAGCGACUCGCACGCAGAUGGGAACGGAUAUCAUUGGACAAGAAGGCAAGAAUCCACCGUGGUGCGCAACGACUGGCUUCAAGAAAUUGGAGGACAAACUCAAGCAGUUGAAGCGCGACCUUCCUGAUCACCUCCAGCUGACAUCGGACAACAACGACGACCGUAGCUACAACUCGCCCGGCAAAUACGUUGCGAUACAUGCAAUGUACACAUUGUGUUUUGUGUGGUUGUACAGAGAGUACAUGCCCACAUCACCAUGGACGUUGACGUAUCCCCGCGGCCCGUUGGAUGAGCCACUAAUUGAUGAGAAACCCCCUGAUCCUGACUACUGGAUCAAGCAAGCCAAAGACUGUUGGAAAGCCUGCCUCGACUUCACAACACUACUUCAUACUAUCGAGAACUCACAAGUUCAUAGCAAUUUAGUACAAACGCCAACGGUAGCUUUCUCUUGUUUUGCCGUUGGAAUAGGCACCAUCUACUGCCACUACUUUCCUCACAUGGACCCGGACGACGCCCUCUCAUCUCGUAAAGACCCUAGAGCCCAUGAUAUCGCAAACGGCUUCCUACUACGCAUUCUGAGUCGCUUCAAGAUGGCCCGCUCGUGGCUAAGUCAACUUGCAGAAUGGCAAAGAUAUUACCGCCGCGAGAAGAAGAAGUACCGAGAACUGAGCGGCCAGAUCGACGAUUCUCCAAAGAGCAACUCCAGCGAUGGUGUCGCUAGCGGUGGGCUGAAAGACUAUGCACAGCUCUUCGAAAGAACGCACAAGCAAUUCGGCGACAUUGCGAACGCUAACGACAACGACGGACAAUGGCCCGACAGGGAUAAGGACCUCGCGGAUACGAGACUGCCGCAUGACGAAGACUCCGCGGAGCGCACCUUGCCUACCAGCGCCGCUUCGGUCAAGCAUGAGAUGCAAGGCGCGUCGGAGGAAAAGUCCAGUAACCAGUCCGGCUUCACUGCCGUCAACCACAACGGUCAACAAACACCUCCAGCUCCUCCUCCAGUCACCCAACCAUCAACCUACGCGCACGGGGGCCGUACGCCUUCUUACGAUCAAAACUCUCACAUGCGCGCCACAGUACAGACUUUACCACAACAACAACCCUACUCGGCAUAUCAAUACGCCAAUACUCAGCAACAGCCCCUGAGAAGUCCCUUCCAGCAGUCUGACCCCCGCCAAUCCCCUGUGCCAGCCCCCGCAUCUGUCCCGAUUCACGGCGUCUACCAGCAAUGGCCACAGGCACGACCGCAGGAGCUACAGGAGCAGAAGGUGAACAUGGAGAUUUGCGGCGCUGCUACUUUCCCCAACGGCUGGGCGGGCGAUGUCAUGAUUGGUGAUAGUGCUCAAGACUUCAAUAACUGGGGCCAGUAUGGCUUUCCGACUAUCCCUGAUAACUCGGGGUAUUAUCAGUCUGGGUAUUCGUAUCCGCCGCAGUAG